UCGAUACCAGUCGGUCAUUCAAGGUAGUAAGUUCACAGAUUCCCUCUGGCAGGUUGGCUGUCGCACCUGCUCAAUCGUCGUUUUCUAGCGCACCGAGCAGCUACUACUCCGCUCACUUCCACCUGUGUACGUGCAGGUAAACAAAUCGGGACACCCGCGAACGCGCGUUGCUUUUUUCCUCCGGUGGAAAAUCUGUGGUGCGAUCGGGGUGGUAACUUGAUCCUCUGGACCCUAUCAUGCUCUGCAAUCUAUCGUGAAACUGUUCUACCCCAAAAAUAUUUGUUGUUGGAAGACAUGAGGAGUGUCCGUUUCGCUCGAAGUUAAGAAGUGAACGAGAUGAACAUGGCGUUCGUUGGUAGCAAGUGCGGUUUUUUGUGGUGCGUUUUGAUUUUAGUGUACAGUGCCGGACUUGCUAGUGCCCAGGAGCAAGUCGCUUGUUACGGACCUGGAUCUAUAGCCGCCUCGGUCAUACUCACGUUCAUUUUUACGGUGCUGCUGCUCGGAGCGGGAUAUUUCUUGUGGAGAAAGUACAGGGUCAAGAAAGAGCAACUCAUUUUGGAGACGGAUCCGGAGAGAGGGAAAACUGAGUUCGCUUUCGAUAAUCCAGGAUUCAAAGAUACCAGUCUGUUACCAGUUUCCAAAUCCUUAGAAAGUACUAAAUUGGAGAACACCAAAUCAAAAUGGAAUCAGUGGUCUCCCUUGUCAGCUCUAACUACCAAAUCAGAAAAGAGGAAAACUGUAGACGACACGGCUUUGGAAUAUUUACAGGCAAAUGAAGUUAAAGUUGUCGCACUGAGGAGUCACGAUUUCACCGGUUUAGGUUUCAACAUUUGCGGCAACAUGAAAGAGGGCAUUUUUAUCAAAGAUAUACUGCAUAGGGGCCCGGCAUUUGAAUCGGGGAAACUUAACCCAGGUGAUAGGAUAAACAGUGUAACAAUUAGCUUCGAACACAUGGUUUAUGAAGAUGCUCUAACAAUUUUGAGCUACGCCAGUCCAUAUGAGGUCAUGAUAGAAGCCAAAGGUGGUAAAUUAAUCCACAACACACCAGGACAAGGAGGCCAACCAAGUCAUCCAGUUUAUAGAAGUUCAUCUUGUGCUGAUUUGUACCACGUUGAAAAAUCAUCAAAGAAGAAACUAUUUGGAGAUGAUUUCAAUGGCUCCUUAAGUUCCAACUAUUCAAGUUUACAAAAAUCAAGAAGCAACAUGACGACAUUGGAGAGAAAAGAGUCCAAAUCACCCAGACAAGCUCAUCCCAAUGCGAAAAAAGCGCCAGCGAAACACCUAACCCCUGAACAACUUAAGUCACAGCUAGAGCAAAGAAUAUUAGCUGAUCAUCAACAUAAUUUGAAAGCUAAAGACAGUAAAUCUCAAAGGGUGGAGAUUGAGACCCAGAAAACUGAAAACAAACAUCACAAAUUUGGAAUAAGGGUGUUGCCUUUGGAACAACAACAAAAGAGUCCAAAAAUCCUCGAGCAAAAUGAGAACAACAUGAACAUUGAGAAAAAUUCUGAAACAGAACCUGUGGGCAUCGACGAAGUGGAUGAAUUAAAGAGACAAGCACCGCCGGUGAAGAAACGAGAAAAGAAACCAGAAGAAACUCCAGAGAAAGCCCAAAGCUUUGAAAGAAACAGCUUGAAUGGAUCUGGAAUUAAAAGGGAUGAGCACGGAAUUCCCCAAGAAAUUCCUAACCACAUGUUCAACGCAGCUGUGGCAGCUAGAAAGAACAGAAGAAAUUCGGAGGAUUUCAAGGAAGAAGAUGAUUCCAAGACUCCUAAAAGGAAGGAAAAGGCACCAUCUCCUCCAGCAGAAAUGAAAACUAAAGACAGCUUAAGCAAAGCCAUAUUUGAUGAAAUAAAACUAAUUAACGAGGAUGCAGAAGAAUCCCUCUUUAAAUCAAAUAGAAGAGAAGAGGGUGCGGAAAAACAAGAGUCGGAUGUCAGAGAAGAAAUUAAGGAUUAUAAUUCGGACUCAGAUGUAGAAACAGAUAAUCAGUCUUCAGUCAAUACAAUAGAGCUGAACUCUAGUGACAUCACUAUUCAUCAAACUGAGGAAGAAGAAAGACAAAACAGAAGAACAGCCAGCACUGGAGACCUCACAAAGCUCCAUAAGAGCAGGAAGACUAGUUCUGGGACAUUGGAAAGAGCUCAAAGUUUAGACAUAACCGACACAGGUAUACCCAGCCUGUCGAGAAAGCGUAAAGGGGGACUUAUUGAAGACAUGCAGUCUGAUGAGGACUUGUUUGGGAAAGUUAUGAUAGACAAAGAGCCGCGUUUGUCUUUGAUUCUAGACGGCUUGACCACUUUCCAAAGAAACAGACUGAAGAAAUCCACGGAAUGGGGCAAUCUUGAGGAUGCCAUCCUAAAAUUUAACCAAGAGGAUGAAGGUGUCACCAGUUCUGAAGAUAACACGUCGCUAGACAAUUUUAAAUUUAGUUUUGGUGAUAAAUCCCCUGAGUUUGACGCCCUUGUUAACAAAAUUAAUGAGAUAAAAAGGGAAUCGCUAGAAAUUGAGAUACCACCAGAAAUCGCCGAAAUACAGAAUACGAAGACUGAAAAAAAAAUUAAGAAUCAAAUUUGGCCAAGCUUUGAAAACGAGCAGACUGCUAAUGGUACUGCUCACGUUCUUCGAGCAGAUAAAGGAAAACAGAUUGAACUAGAAUUAAACGAGAAAAAGAGUGAGCCUGUUAAGAGAUACGACAAAAGGCAACAAGUACCAACUGCACAGGAUAGAAUUUCCCCACCUUCAGUUGGACACACUGAUUAUAAGACUAACGUGCCAGAAAAAAUUACACUUGAAAAUACGGAAACGACGGACACAGGCGUCAAAAGAAGACAACUGAAACCCGUAGCUGUUUUUGAUAUCCCUACACCAGAGUAUAAGGAAGAAGCCAAAAUUGCUUUUUCAAGCAUUCAGCUUAAUUCAAAAGGGCCAGAGAAAGUGAAUACGAGACAAAGAGUACCUGAAGAUCUGCCAGUAAUACCUCCACCUUCAGUACCAGAAGAAGCAGCAGAAAAAGUACCUGAAACACUUGAAAAAGUUUUAAAUGACGAAUGGAAUACAGCAAUAACAGAAAAUAUUGUCAAUACUUCUCCGCCUCCAUCUUUAGAAAUAGAUGUGGUUAAUCAGGAACCUAGAUUUUCAGGCAAAGUUGAAGAAGUAAACAUCAGACCUGCCGGACACAGUUCCACAACUUUGGUCAAUCGUUCGGAAGAGGUGCUUUCUAAAAUACCACUACUCAACUCAAUGGUAAAGAACCAAAAAGAAGAGGCACUGAAAAAACCGGUGUUGAGCACAAAUAACACCGACGAAACUAAGACCGUUGUAACUUACAACACCAGACCCACCCAACCGAACUUGUUAGACGUCACUCAAAACUUUUUGUAUACAGAACAGUUGAAUAGUAGUCAAGACGACUAUACUUAUUCCGUCAAACCUUACGAUACCAAUAUUUCCGAUGAUAUAAAAGUAUCGAGACACUCCCAAGGCAGUUUGGAAAGGCUCCCUAAAUCUGACGAUGCCAAAUCUGAGGAUUCUCUAAAGCACGUCAGCAACGUAAAUGUGACUAACGUCGCAAAUGGAGACACGGAACUACAUAGCUUGGAACUGAGCAUAAACGAACCCAGUGAACUGUAUACAACUGCGCUAGAUAGUACCGUUACAACAGAUAAGGAAGUGAAAAAUGAUAGCAAAAUAACUAUUUCAACACCAGAUUUGAUAAAGAACGUUACGUUGGCAGAAGCUAUAAGUACUUUAAAUAACGACGUUACAAUUAGAAGUCCUACAUCGUUGACUGUUGAAAUUCCUAAAGAUGUGGUGGAAGUAACCGAAAAUAAGUUUUCAACUGUGACGGAAUCUCCAGAAAGCAUCGUGGCUGCUGCCGAUAAAAGUACCGACAGCAGUAACAGCUCCAAGAGCAAUUCAACUUUAACAUACAUUACAGAAAUACAAGUAUUAACACCAAGUAACACACGAACUAAUAUUUCCGAAAUCGAAAUAACACCCGAUACUUCAAGCGAAAGCAGCAGUAGAAAUCUAGAUAGCGAAUUUGAAAACUAUGUAAAAAAUUUCGAAUCCAAAUUGGAACGUUUCGAAAACAACAUUCAGGACUUCGACAAGAACUUGGAAGAGUUUAUAAAGGAAGAACCAACAAGCAUCAUACUUAACGAGAAGGUGGACGAGACGGAGUUGCAUAAAAUCCAAGAGAUUGCAGAGGAGCAACUGAAAAAAUUACCCGAAAUGAGAUUUACCACCUCUAGUUAUGAAGCGGUGAAAGUACCCGAAAAACGACAAUCACAAAUCGAAAUCCUACGGUCGAAUUUUGAAAAACCGCCGAAACCAAAUAAACCCGACGUCGCGCCAAAAUCACGAAUACCAAUAGCGACGACUAUGAAAACUCCUCCGAUGUCGCCCGAAAGAAGGGAUUCCAGGAAUUUGGAUAUGGAACAUGACAAGGCCUUAUUGGAAUUGAUGUCAUCCUCUGUUACCUCCACUCCCUAUACUACCUCGAAAUAUCAAAUGAAAUCGCCCAGUAAAAAUGUUACGGUAACUUCGAUACGUAGCAACUCCAAGAUUCCAUCAGGAUUGCCAACUUUGAGCAGCAGUCGGCCUCCUAUAGCGCCGAGAAGAAUAGAAACGAGCGAGGGAAACGUUGUACAAGUGUCGACCAAUGGUAAUAUGGAAAGCAGCUUCAAACAGUGGGUGUUCAAUCCGUCCAACGUUACAAAUGUGAUGGUGACAGAAAACAAGCAAGAUAAAUAUUAGAUAUAUUAGAAAAUCACC